AAGCAGAAGAAGCAGACAGAAGCAGAGCCAGAAAACAAUUUGCAGCAGGAGAGCUACGCUCGAGACAACAACGCUUACAUAUAUCUUCUAUCUACAUACAUAUUACGCCUUUCUUCUAGGCUUGCUAGCAUGGCCGGUGUUCUCGUUGAUACGCCUCUCGGGGCUCCCUCACUACCAAAAACCACCCUCAACGAUGCGAUUCCAGAUAUCGAUCCGCUAGAGGGCUCGACAAACGAUGAUGAAGACGGAUAUUCCAUCUUGAAGCGAUAUCAGAGACACCUAGAGUAUAUACAGCUACAGGAAGAAUACAUCAAGGAUGAGCAGAGGUUAGCGGCAAUCAUGCCGAAAUCAUCGAGUGAGAAGACGUACUUGAUACUGACUGCAUUUUUUAGGAGUCUUAAGCGGGAGCUCGUCCGGGCACAGGAAGAGAUUAAGCGUAUCCAAAGUGUACCUUUGGUUAUUGGCCAGUUCAUGGAGGCUAUUGAUCAGAAUACCGGUAUCGUCCAGUCGUCAACAGGCUCCAACUAUGUCGUCCGUAUCCUUUCGACUCUCGACCGCGAGAAGCUGAAGCCGUCCUCCUCCGUUGCUCUCCACCGACACUCCAACUCACUGGUUGACAUUCUUCCUCCAGAGGCAGACUCAUCCAUUGCCAUGCUUGGAGCAAAUGAGAAACCGGACGUAACGUAUGCGGACGUCGGAGGUUUGGACAUGCAGAAGCAGGAGAUCAGGGAGGCUGUCGAGCUACCGCUUACGCAUCUCGAUCUUUACAAGCAAAUUGGUAUGCUACAUAUAUCAGGUAUUGACCCACCUCGCGGUGUACUGCUAUACGGUCCACCGGGUACUGGAAAGACAAUGUUGGUCAAAGCAGUAGCCAACAGCACAACGGCCAACUUCAUCCGAGUAGUAGGAUCCGAGUUUGUACAGAAAUACCUAGGUGAAGGCCCUCGCAUGGUUCGUGAUGUUUUCCGGAUGGCCCGCGAAAACUCGCCAGCUAUCAUCUUCAUCGACGAGAUCGACGCUAUUGCCACGAAACGUUUCGAUGCCCAGACAGGUGCAGACAGAGAAGUCCAGCGUAUCCUCCUCGAGUUGCUCAACCAGAUGGAUGGCUUUGACCAAACCAGCAACGUCAAGGUCAUCAUGGCCACCAACCGAGCGGACACGCUUGACCCUGCCCUGCUUCGUCCUGGUCGACUUGACCGUAAGAUUGAGUUCCCGUCGUUGCGAGAUCGACGAGAACGACGCCUAAUCUUUACUACUAUUGCCGGCAAGAUGUCGCUGUCGCCGGAGGUCGACCUCGACUCGCUCAUUGUCCGCAACGACCCCCUCUCUGGGGCUGUCAUCGCAGCUAUCAUGCAGGAGGCUGGUCUGCGUGCUGUGCGAAAGAACAGAUAUAACAUUAUCCAGUCCGACCUUGAGGAUGCUUACUCCAGCCAGGUCAAGGGAGGACAGGACUCUGACAAGUAUGUAUUUUUCUUACUCCACCUAUUUCCAUCCCAACCAGGCUAA